GUUGGGGGUGGGCUCUGAGAGUGCCUGGGCGGCGGCAGCCGGAAGGAGGAAGCAGGAAGUGGCAUCGCUGAGGGAAAAGGCACAAACAACCGGGCCUUGUUUCGGGAGCAGCGCUGGAAGGGGCUCAACUCUGUUCCUGAGGCCGGAUUUGAAGCGCCGCCAUGUCCAGCAUGGAGAAAAAUCUCUUCAACUUGAAGUUUGCUGCCAAAGAGCUUAGCAGAAAUGCCAAAAAAUGUGAUAAGGAAGAAAAACUUGAAAAGGCCAAAAUUAAGAAGGCAAUUCAGAAAGGCAACACUGAGGUUGCAAGAAUACAUGCAGAAAAUGCAAUCCGGCAGAAGAACCAGGCAAUCAACUUCUUGCGCAUGAGUGCGCGGGUGGAUGCUGUAGCCGCAAGAGUUCAAACAGCAGUCACAAUGGGCAAGGUAACAAAGUCAAUGGCCGGAGUUGUUAAAUCUAUGGAUGCUACUUUGAAAAGCAUGAACCUUGAAAAGAUAUCUGCUUUGAUGGACAAAUUUGAACAGCAGUUUGAAACCUUAGACGUUCAGACGGCACAGAUGGAGGAUACAAUGAGUAAUACCACUACAUUAACAACACCACAAAACCAGGUAGAUCUACUUCUGCAGGAAAUGGCAGAUGAAGCUGGCCUUGACCUGAACAUGGAGCUACCUCAGGGACAGACAGGGUCUGUGGGCACAAGUGUUGCUUCAACAGAACAGGAUGAGCUCUCACAAAGACUGGCACGCCUUCGGGAUCAAGUGUAGCAGGAAGCGUUGGAUCUCUUUCCUUCUCCAUGUGCAUCCAAAGCAUUCUGUGCACAUAAAGCAGAACCCGACUAGAGUCUCUGUCUCUAACCUGUCUAAAUAUUUAAAUCACAGACUAAUGGGUAUGUGUUGUGUUUCUUUCUUUCUGCGCUUUCUAUAAAAAAAAAUAACACAAAGGUGGUGUGUCCUUCGGUGUAUUUUCUAGUUCUGUAUAAUACCCUUUUGAAGCUGAGGCUUAUAUUUUUGCAGAGUCCCAGAUUAACGUUUCACUCUUACAAAGUAUCACUGAAAGGAAAGCUAUAUAAGGGAGUAUAUAUCCUAACUUAUAUAGCGGGGUUUUAAAAUUAUAAACCAUGUUUAUUGUUGAAUUACAAUGUUCAUCACAUCAUCACACUAAAUACUUCAAGGAAAAACCAGACAAUACACAAUAUUUAUGUGUAUGUGUGUUUGUGUAUUGUUAAACAUCACUGAAUCAUCUUUUCAUGUCUCUCCAAAACAAAUAUGCUUGUAGUCAAACGCAAAUCAAAAUUAUAGUUGCUACUUUGUCCUCAUCACUGAAAGUUGGCAUUGUCACUUCGGUAUUGAUGGAAUAAAAUAUAUUUUUCAACAA